UGUUCUGACAUUUGUAAACAGAUUUAUUUAGAACUUUAAAUGUAUGUUUAUUCCGGAACUUCGCCACUCGGGUAUACCAAUCGUCUUGCUUCUAUUGCUGUUACACGUGUAAGCUGGUGUUUGAUCGAAGUUUCUAGUGUUUAAAUCCGGUGACUACUGGUGCGACUGCGAUUGAGUCUGGUAGUGUUUAAUUGUAAAGUUAUUUAAUAAAAUGGCACUAAAUUCUUCGUGGGAAGACCUGGAUUUAACAAAAGAUGAAGUGGAGAAACUUGGCGCUGCUUUAAAAAAGGAGGAGUUCAGGAAGCUUCUGAUGGAAUAUGCUGAAGAAGUUAGUGACCCAGAAAACAGGAGACAGUACGAGAAAGAAAUAACAGAACUUGAGAAGGAGAGAGGAAUUGAUAUUUCAUUCAUUAACCCAGAACCGUGCUAUGUGAUAAAAUCUAGUGUUAAUGGCCAGAAAAAGGCAUUUAUAAACAUUUGCAAGAACGAAAAAGUUGGCAAGCCGACAUCAGAACCCAUGGCAAAAUCAGGUUCUCGAGGUUUGAAUUGGUCUCUUCCAUUCACUCAGGCACCUCCCAGAGACGAUGUUGAUAAAAAUGGUAAUCGGUGCUCUGUGUUUGAUGUUGUGUUCCAUCCAGAUACAUAUCGCUUGGCAGAAAACAAUGCACAGUUCAAGAAAAUGUUGAACAACACUGCACUGGAUGCUGUUGAAGAUAACUUUGGCAUACAGCUUGACAGAAAAAAUAUAAAAUUUCCAAAAAUGAAAUAUAAGGGUUCUCCUAGACCAACAGUUAUUAGAAAGAAGAUGGAAAAUGCUUCUGUUGAGGGGAAUGAAUUUUUGAUACCCAACAGUGUUUACCCCUACCGAGUUCCUGUUGAAAACACGGAAAAACAGACAAAAAAUGCCAACUUCAAUAAAAGAUCCCAAGAAGAUGAACUCAAAAAUAAUUGCAGCACUGAUACACCAUACACUACUCCAAAAUAUGUAAUGAAACACAGGCAGCCCAUAGAUAUACAAGAUUUUACAAAUGAUAGGGAUGCAAAGAUGAAUUCAACUGUACCAAAGGAACUGGUAAUUGAAGUACAGCUGCCUCUGUUGAAUUCAUCUGCUGACAUAGUUCUAGAUGUAACACAGAAAUCUGUAUCACUUCUAAGUGAAAAACCAGCAAAGUACAAACUUGAUUUGUUACUUCCAUACACUGUAGAUGAAGAAGCAGGAACUGCAAAGUUCGACCAAAGUUUGCGGAAGUUGGUGAUAACCCUUUUGGUUAAACACCAUAGUGAUGUGCGUCUGAGUGAUGUUGGGCGAGAUGACAGUGGUGUGGAGAGCGAUAUGGGUCCUCGAACCCCUGAGUCAAGUAGUGAUGAAGGUGAUGGGAAUGUUAUUAACCAAAACUCUGUAGUAGAAAUUCAAACAGCUGAGAUAACGUUACCAGACAUUGCAGCUGAUGAGGCAUAUCGGACUAUGAGCUCAAAUGAAAACAAAUUCUUGAAUCCAGAUGUGCAUUAUUUAUUUCCUGCAUUUACUUGCAAUGUUGUGGACAGUCUUGUUUCAUUUACAUUACAUGUUAAAAAUGUGGAACCCGAAUCAAUUGAGUAUUGUUUCUUGUCUGAAGACUUUUGUGGUGUUCAUGUUUGGUUCACAUCAGUUGGGGCAGGUUUCUUCCCCCUCUAUUAUGCUUUCUGUUUGAAGUUCCCAUCUUCUGUUUCUAUAUCCAAAGAAUCAUUCAGUGCUGAAGCUUGGGAUAACAAUGUUAUAUUGCAAAUGCAGUUGAAAUUUUGUGAUACAAAUGCGGCAGAAUACUAUGCUGGAGUGGAUGGUACUUCCAUGGUGAAAUAUUAUCUCCCAGAACCAGCAGCAAUUGCCAGAAAAUUGGAGAACUUAAAGAUCGAAGCUCUUGAUAAUACAGCUGAGAAUCAUAUGACUGUAGAGAUAGCUGCAUAUAGCGAAAAUGAAGUUGUUAUUGAAAUAUCUCCAGAUGGAAUGAAUAAAAAGGAUGAUGGUGCUGGUGAUGAAGAUGAUGACAUUGAUAGUGAAAGCAAAACUCAUGGUUCUGAAACAGCAGUUUGUGCUACUCCAAAUCAGCAUUGUACCAAUGCGAGCAUUGAAAAUUGCCAAAAUGCUGAACCAGUUUCUGAGUUGCAUGGUAUUCACACCAGUUCACAGAAAUGUAGGUCAAUGUCUGAAUCAAGCGGCGAUGAAUUUAGCUUCAGCCCCAGCAAGAAGGGAAUUUUGAAAAAUAAUGGCCGAGUGGGCCGUAGUCUCUCUGAAUCAAGCAUGGAUGACUACAUUUGGUCAUCAUCCGUGGACAUGGUAACCCAGUCUGGUUCAGAGUCUUGCAUUCCCGAAGAGGCUGCAGAAGAGGAGAGAGAAGCCAAGAAGACUGUACGGUUCAACGAAGUUGUUUCACAAAAGACUUACAGAACAAACUCAAGCAUACUGGGUCAGCGUAAGAAGAACCAACGUAAAACUCGGAACAAGAGACGUUGUCAAGAGCGUCGUGCGAGUGAGAGUGAGAAUUCUGAAGGGGAAGCAGAAAAGGAACGGGAGAGAGAAAUAAAGACUGGUGAAGAAGAGCAGAAGAGUGAAAUUGGCUCAGAGGAUAACAUUCAAAGCAGCAGUAGCAGUGGGGAAUCUAGCCCAGCAGUUGAAGAAAGCAGAGAGCCUAAUGAGGCAGACAGUAAUGCAGGCGUAUCAUCUUGUGCCGAGUCACAGCUGCUUAAUGCUGGAAAUUCAUCUAAACAGUCACCCAGCAAAGGAAGGAGGAAGAACCGAAAGGGGGCAGUCCCAUUGGAACCCAUUGCUGCUGAAGUUCAUCAGGUGGAAUUUGGGAGCGAUUUGAUAUUCGAUCUUGACAUGUAAAAUUGCUGUCAAGUCAAAUAUUAGUACUGCCUGAAUAUGUACCUCGUUUCAUUAUUAAUUGUAUAUGAGAAACUAUGGUUCUCUAUGGCUUUAAUUAGAAAUGUUUAGCUGCUAGUCGUGGUAUUAAGUCCCUUGGUAAAUGUUUUUAUUUUAGAACAAGACUUCAGGAGAUACUUAGAAUAUUUUGAAUUGUCUUUGCCAGAAUUAAGACAUAUUUUGUUUACUAGAGGUAAGAUGCUUGCCAUUCUAGUAACUUAGCAAUGAGCACUUAGCUGUAAGUACAAUAUUGACUCACAUAUAUUUUUCCCACCUUCCAGUUUGUGAUAUGCACACAAUCUGUACGUCAAGAAUUGUUUUCGUGUUAGAAAAUGGAGUUCAUUAUAUGCAUCAUAAUGCAUAAAUUUCAUUGCAUAAAAUCAAUGUUUAAACAUUAUAUGUUAUGAAAUAUACUUUUCUUUCUUUUAUUUACAUUUUGGCAUUAUGAAUUUUAAUAA